AUGACCCAACACCCCAGCAUGCUCGCGUCGCCGCGCCCACCGCCCGCUCGCACGCAUCCCGCGUCCGCUCCCGUCCCGCCCCCGCGCCGACUCAGAUCCUCGUCCCCUCGCGUCAUCCCCGAAACCAAUGCGCUGGCCAUUCCGAGCCGCAAGUCGCGAAUGCCGCAUCCCAAGCGUGCGAUGCACGUCACGCGCGAAGUCUCCGAGCUCAUCGCCCUCGGGGUGACCCACGUCGUGUCGCUUAUCGAGGAGCGACCGCGGUACCCGCGCGGGAAGCUGCGGACACUACACAUCGCUGUCGAGGACGUUGAGGACGCCGACAUCCUCCAGCACCUCGACGCCACGAGCUCGUUCAUCAAGCAUGCGCUUGAGGACCCGAAACACGUCGUUCUCUUUGAAGUUUUCGACUUACGUCUCCUGCUGGCAGGUCACUGCCAAAUGGGCAUCUCGCGCUCCGCGACCGCGGUCUGCGCGUACCUCAUCUCCGCGCUCUCAAUGUCGCCUCAGGCCGCGCUCGACUUUCUCGUUUCGAAGCGCGAGAUUGUGAGCCCAAACCCAGGCUUCCGCCGCCAGCUCGCCAUCUACGCUUCUCGCCUCCGUGCGGGCCGCAAGCUGCGCAAGGCCGUCCCCCCGCCGCUACUCUCGCCACAGCCGAGCACGAGCAGCAGCCACACGGACCGCUCGCGCCCCCCGAGCCCCGUUAUGCGCGUGUACACGCCGCAACCGGUGAACUACGGAUACGGUUACGGACAGCCCAGCGGGUACUUCGGGCACACGCGCGGGCGGAGCCACGAGUUCGCGCACGUUAUUCGCAUCGACGCGUCGCCGUCGCCACCGCCCUCAGCUCGCCGUCGUGCACCUCCGCCGGUCGCGGUCUCCGUGCGGGUGCGGAGGGGUUCGUUCAGCUGA